CAAGUCGAACGACCAGUGUCAGUUGGCAACUGGAACAACUUGAUGCUGAUUUCCUGAUUAAAUAUAUCUGUAGUCAUUCAAGCGAUAAAUAAAUAACAUAAUUAAAAAGGUUCCAACAUGUCGCCAAAGUUGUUCUUCGCUCUGCUUCUCGUGGGUGUGGUGGUUGUAGAGGAGAGUUCUGCCAUAGCCGACCUUACCACCUUCCUCAAUCUCGUCACCUCCCUCAAGUACAACCAACCUUGCUCCUGGACAAACGAGGAGGCCCGACAAAAUCUGACCCGUGACAUGAGCGGAAUCACAAACAGGUUUGGAUCCUCGUCCUCCUUGGUGGCCGCCUUGGAACGGUUCUCGGCGGACGUGGUUACCAAAAGGAAGCAUUUCUGUUCUGCCCCCGAACUCCUCAUCUGCGACAAGGACUCGGAGAGAUGCGUUUGUGGGGAUCCAGGCAAAGAAGUCGUGCUGCCUUCCAUUGGAUCAAGCCGCGACUAUGUUGUUGAGCGUGACGAGAAUGGAGUGAACCGGUGUCGUUGGGCUGAGAACACAUAUUGCUUAUCUGACGACAUCCUCCGAACGCAAGGCUUUGGCACAAUGAUCAACUCCAAGUGCCGCACGGGAACAACUUGCAUUUCAAAAGCGGAUGGCGGCCAGUGCUCCUUCCGAUCUCUGAUAUUCCAUGUAAUGCGAUCUUUCAGAGGUACUCGACCUAGUUUACAGUCAAUGAUGAAGGACAUGUACGAGGGAAAGGUGUGCACCUGCCAAGCCGACCCCUCCAUCAACGACAUUUCCUCAGAGGAAGAGCAGUCAAACGACAUUCGAAGAAAGAGGUCCAUUUUAGGUGACAUUGCACAAGAAGAGGAAGCCGUUGGCUUUGUGGCCCCGAUGCUCAAAGUUCAAGCUCUUUUUUCGUAAAAAUACGCAUUCAUAUAUAUAGUUAAAUAGUGAUAAUAUCAACUUGUGUAACUUUUAUUUUGUGUACGCUCCUCACCGCUCCGAAGCGUAUAAAACAUAAGGGAGGACAGUUCAAUGUCGCUUUGGGUAGUCAUAUCGUCAUCGUUUGUUACCAAUGACCGACAUGUGUCGCAAUCGGAAACAAUAAACAAGACUAUUUUAUAGAUUGGCUGGCAUUUGGUGAAUAAUUGAUUCGAAUGUGUGACAUGAUACAUGUUCUGUAUCAACAUUAUUUCACAUAUUGCAGAAGUUCUAAGCUCAACUUUUUAUAACAGCGAUUGACAUCCAGCCAUAAUUGAUCGUUUUGUCAACUAAAAUACCAAAUUGACGUUUUAAUUGGGCGGGUGACUACUGCUAAUUUACUUGUUUUUGUCAAUAUGCGAUCACCUUUUCCUCCUCUAAAUUAGUCAAUUUAUUUUUCAUUGUCGGUUGGGCACCACGUUGAAAAAGGAUCAAGCUGUACAUAUACACAUAUAGAUAAGAAAUUCAGUAAUUCUUAUAAAUUCCAAAAAUGUUGACGUCUGAAACUCUGAGUCUUAUAAAGUUGGCUAGCACUCUGAUGUACUACUCUGGAGCUGCAUCCCUCAGAUGGGAAACUAAUACCCACCCACACAAGAUCUACCUGGUGCAUCCCUUAUUUCCACUUUCUCUCAAGCCACUCUCCUACCCCACGCUCACAGUCCUCCACUUCUGCGUCCUUCUCUUGUACGAAGCCUUCAUGGUGUGUCGUCUUGUCCAGGUUCACUUUUUCCAAGCCUCCCCCCUCACAACCGUCCUCCAAGUGGUGUGGAACCUCCUCUCCUACGCCAUGCCCGUCCUCAUCAUGAUCAACAACUUUGCUCGCUGGACCCAUUUCCCCCAUUUCAUCAACGCCUACAUCCUCUUCUGGGACAACUUUCGAUCCGCGCACUUCCUCCCCAAACAUUGGCGGAACGGGUGUGAGCGGAACUUGAAGAUUAUGGUCACUCUCGGGAUGCUUAUCACGGUUCAGAAUACGGUGCUCAUUCUCAAGUUUCCAGAACGUCCCUACUUCCUCACCUCCCUGCUGGAAUCGCCCUCAUCCUGGAGAAGCGGUCGUGGACUGAUCCUCCUUCUCCUUCAAGGCUGGGUCUGGUUCUCAUGCUGGGCUCACAUAUUUUACUAUUGCUUCAACUUCUUUGCUUACGCGCACCCACUGGUCUUCAUCCUCAAGGAGUUGAGGUACAAGAGCUGCCUCCAACCUCAGGCGUGGUCUCUACGACAAAAACGCUGCGUCUUCAUGACGAGAAACAGUCUCCGCUCCAAGUUCGUAUUUCAAAACGUGUAUCGCUCCCUCCAACUUCUUCAAGCAGAGUUCAACUUUUGUUGCCGGGAUUGGCUCUUCCCUACGCACAAGGGAGUUGUGAUGAUGGUGGCAAUAGUGGGGAUUUUUGGGGCCAUUCGCCUUCCGCCACCUCGUUCCGUGGUGAUGGGAGUGACUGCGACGUUUGCGAUGCUUUAUCUUUCCCUCAUCUUUUGGAGAUUGGGUAAGAUUCGUCAAAAGAGUGGGGAGACGUUGAAAGCUUGGAAGACUGCUGCUGGAGGAGCUAGAAGUAAAGGGUUUAGAAAAUGGUUGAGGUCAUGCUUACCUCUGCGGGUGGAAAUUGGGGGAUUUUAUAUUGUAGACAGGGCUACAGUCGUGGUCGUUUGGGGAACAGUUUUCAAUUUUACGACAACCCUUCUGCUCUCCACGUGAGCCAUGAUGCAUGGUAAAAUAUGCAGGCUUAUUAUUUUCUGUGCAUCAUACACAUUUUACAUGUCAUCCUUAGCAAUUUAUUUUGGUAGAUUAGUGCACUAAAGACAAACUAUUUUUGUGUGUUUGGGGUAUUUUACCAAUAAAAUAUAUUUACGACUUUAAUAAAUUGUCAGAUCUGAAUAUUUAUUAGUAGAUAAUUACUUAAUAGAUAGUCUUGAUUAGUGUGUGGCACAAUGGUUCACUUAUGUACUGUACAACACAGUAAAUAUACCAAAUCUUAUAGAACAAUAAAAUUACAAAUUGUGUGAAAAAUAAAUUA